AUGUGCCCGUUUUGCACAUUUACCAUUGUGGUGCCAUCGUAUCAACGUAAAAGGCCGGUAAUUCGUGCUUCGGAGUUUGUCUAUCAUAUGAUAAGUCACGAAGCAGAGGCUCGACUAGGGUGCGAUCAUUGCGCUCUUUCGUUCUCGACGUUAUCAGAAAAACAGAAGCACAGAAAAGAACAUUCAGCAGUGAAUCCGAAGUGGACGUUAACUUACAGAAAUCCCGAGACUCGAUCGCGUCCUCGUAGUAGAUUAGUAUGUCUCGAGCAGAAGCCACAAUAUCAGUGCUCGAAAUGUGCAUCAUCUUCCGAAUCAGGCGUAAAUCACAAGAAAUGUUUAGCAUGCAUAACUUUGGCUUUCAAUGAAAGUUUAUAUGGCAAGCGUCGUGCAAUAACCGACACCUCGCUUCGACGUGGAAUCGACUCAAUACAAUGUAGCAUUCGUGGUAUGCGAUUUCGCUGCAAAUGUGGACUGAGUACGAGAAAUGGCAAUCGCAUGGCUUUGCACUACUAUUAUUGCCGAAAGGAGUUCAAUAUCGUUGAAACCGAUGAUGAGUUGGCUGAACAGACUGCAGUUGAUGAGGCAGAAGAUAAGCUGGAAGCUCAG